AGAUUUGCGUCUGCGCGACCCUGAUCCGGCUGCCCUUCUCCCCCCUGUUGCGCAAGCCUGAGCGAGCGGCUCGCAGAUCUUCACCGGACGCUGGAGGCGUGCGCCAAGCCGCUUUUGCCGCAGCAGUACGAGCAAGUCGUCUCCUCACCGGUCGGCCAAAGCCUGGACGGCGGACUGCGGCGCGAGCGGCCGGAGGCCACUUUAAGGCGAGCGGGAGACAUGAGCGGCAGCCGGCUGGCCCAAUUCGAGGACGACGUUCAGAAGCAACUUGCGGGCGCCGAGCGCAGCGCCAGGGCGGAGGAGCGCAAGAAAAUGGAAGAGGUCCUGUGGAACCUGCAGCGCAAGCACGAAGACCAGAUUGCCAACCUGCAGGCCACCGUGGACCGACUCCUGCAGAGUCAAGCAGAGUCUCGGUCGGCCCGAUCCAAGGAGGAGCAGCUGGACGUGAGCCGACACGUGGGCCAACUUUCCCAGGAGAACGAGCAGCUGCGCUCGGCUCUGCUGGAGGCCCGGAGCGACGUGGGCGCGCUGCGCUCGGAGCUGGACAAGCUGAAGGACAUGUACGCCGACGAGCGGGCUCAGCGCGAACGAGAAACCAACCAGCUGAAGAAGAUGGUGAUCGAGUACGAGUCUUACUCCAGCCAAGUCCAGAUUCUACAGGACUUGAACAAGCAGCUGUGCGACAGCAACGACGGCUUGCGCUCGGCGUUGGCGUCAGAAGUCAAGCGCAAGGUCCCCGCCAAGAAUGAAGCGCCCGCUCGCAGAACCAAGCCCGUCAGGCAGAGCACCCUCAAGCACAACAGCUCCAGCAUGUCCGACGUGUCCUCGUGGGCCGACAAAUACCUGGACAGCGGCGUCUCGCUGCCCACGGACGCCAGCGAGAGCUGGGUCAGCGACCUGGACACAGACAUGGACUUGGACACGGAUGACGGCCGAGGCUCCACCGAGACCGUCCACCGCAGCUACUCUUGCGCCCACUCCGACGGCGAGUUGCUGGACACCAAGUCUGAGGCAGGGCUGUCCUUGGCGCAGAGCUUGGGAAGUUCCAACGCGUCGUCCAUGCGAAGGCAGUUGUCCGCCUUUGCCAAAGAGACGGCGGAGCCGGAGGCGGCCCACGUGGACGACGCCUUGCCCAUGUACCGCCUUGUCUUGGCCGGAGACGCCGGCGCGGGCAAGUCCAGCUUCCUCCUGCGGCUGGCGCUCAACCAGUUCAAAGCCGACAUCCAGACCACGUUGGGGGUGGAUUUCCAGAUCAAGAAGAUGCUCGUGGACGGCCAGAAGACCAACCUGCAGAUCUGGGACACGGCCGGACAGGAAAGGUUCCGCAGUAUCGCCCGCUCUUAUUUCCGCAAAGCUCACGGCGUUCUGCUCUUGUACGACGUGACUUCGGAGAGCAGCUUCCUCAACAUCCGAGACUGGCUGGAUCAGAUCCAGGACGCCACCGAGGACACGGUUCCCAUUUGCAUCAUCGGCAACAAGGUGGACAUGAGAGGCCAGACGCCGGCCAGACGCUGCGUCAGCACUUUGCACGGAGAGAAGUUGGCCACGGCGUACGGCGCGUUGUUCUGCGAAACCAGCGCCAAAGAAGGGACCAACGUGGUGGAGGCGGUGCUCCAUCUGGCCAGGUGGGUUUGGGGAGGGGGGGGGGGGCUUUGGGAACGUGGUUCGUUCGCCGUGCUGACUUUGUGCCGCUCUCCUUUCGUUCCCUUUGAAGAGAAGUGAAGAAGGUGAAAGUGAAACCCAAAACGUCUCCGGUGGACCUUUUGGCCACAAAUGCCAAGAAGACUUUUGGCACAUGCUGCCGCCUCUAGAUGCGCUUUGGAAGCGAGACUUUUUUUUUUUUUUUUUUUGUACAUGGAGAUAGAAUUUUUGGCCAUGAAGGCUGUUUAUUAUUAUUUUUUCUCUUCAUGGCCUGGAACGACCACCUGUACAAAGAUGCUAUGUAUUUUUGUAUUUAUUGGCUUGUAAGUACUUUUACCCAUUCCAGUUUCACACGAAUCGCAUUUUAGCCCAACCUGCACGUGAUUAGUUGUUUUUUUUUCUCUCCGCCAUUUUAAAAUCUGAGGUGGAAUGAAACGGAGUAUUUUUGGAACUAUUUUAUCCGACCUCGGUGUAUGCGCUCGAGCAAUCUGAACACAUUGCACUUUUUAAAAAUAACAAGUGUUGCAUGUUUUUCAAAUAAAAAAUUCUGCUAAAA